UUUGAUUUGUAACCAAAACUUUCAGUCCUGUGCUUCCUCUCCACCCAGACUCCUCCUAGGUUAAACUUCCCGCCCAAAAUCCCUUUCAUUCUCAAAAUCGCCUUAGGUUUGCACAUUUGAUCCUUCAAGCUACUAGUUACAGCAUCAAUGGCGGAAACCGAAGCUCCAGAUGCCACUACAAAUGUCGUCAAAGUCACUGAAGAACUCGACGGAGACCAAAUCCCUACCAGAAACUACCGUUUCAGCAUAAUCGGCGAACCGGUUCCCAUCAUAUCCGAUGCCGAUUUCACUUUCGAUAUGGACAGUCUUCCGUCUCGUCCUCUGGCAGUUUCAGAGCGAUUUGGAGUCAUUUUUGUUGUUCAUUCAUCUGGGUUUUCGGUUGCAAGGAUGAAGGAUGUUAUUGAUGCGGCAGAAGAGUUGAAAAACGGGGUUGAUGGUUCUUGUAUACAGGAACUGAGUGUUGUGGAUGUUUCUCUUGGAAAGGUUUCUAUAUUGGCGUUAUCGGCAGACUCUUCAAUGCUUGCUGCCUCUGUUGGUUUGAAUCUUUAUUUUUUCUCAGUUGAUGGUCUUCUUAAUAAGGAUCAUGAACCGUUAUACUCCAAAUCACUUGAUGGCUCAAGUUACAUCAAGGACAUGCAGUGGAAUCCACAUUUGGAGGACCGGUAUGUUGUGCUUACGCGUGAUGGUAGUUUAUACCGUGGAGCUGGCCAAGGCGAUCUUAAUCAUGUUAUGGACAAUGUUGAUGCUGUUAAUUGGAGCAUGAAUGGCAAAUUUAUUGCUGUGGCAAAACAUGAUUUUUUAAGCAUUUUGUCAUCAAAAUUUGAAGAAAGGUUACGGAUAAAGCUACUGUUUGAUUCAUUGGUUGAUGACGAUCCAAGCUGUGUUGUAAAAGUGGAUUCUGUCAGGUGGGUCCGGCCAGAUUGCAUCAUAUUAGGAUGUUAUUGUCUGAGUACCGAUGGGAAAGAGGAGAAUCAUCUACUUCAAUUCAUCAGUGUCAAAGAUGGAAAAAUCACAGAUCCCUCUUCCAGUCCAGUGGCAUUGAACUUUCAUGAUGCGUUUCUUGCUAUAAAUGAAGACGACAUUCCGUCUGGAAGUGGACCCUAUACAUUCGUUAGCUACUUGGAUGAAUUUGACCUUGCGUUUGUUGCUAAUAAGAAGAACACAAAUCAACACAUUGCACUAUUCAAUUGGUCAGAGGAUGGGGCUGCAAUGAUAGAUAUCGAGGUUGACUCAUGGGUGCCAACAAUUAAUCUCCAAGUUCACAAUGACGAUGAUAAUAUGAUCCUAGGGCUUGCCAUCAACAAAGAUUACAAGGAUGAGAAAACUCAACUCGAAUGUGGGGAUAUAGAAAAACGAGUUUCACCUUGUUGCAUUCUUAUGUGCCUUACCGUUGAUGGAAGAUUUUGUAUGUUCCAUUUUGUCAGUGCCAUAGGCCCGUCGUCUUCGCCAGAGGAUUUAAAUUCUGUUUCUGGCGAGGAAGAGGAGUCUCCUGUCUCCAGUUCUCAGCAUCCGGUGAUGAAUAUUGUUAACAGCGAAAAGCAGAUUGAGGAUCAAGAUAUUCCGAAAUUCGAAAUCAGUGACCAGAAAGUCAAAGUCAAUGAAUCAAGUGGUACACAACAAGAUGUUCUUAUUGUAAAGCCGAAUAAUGAUACAGAUGAAGGGCAGUCGCCUCUUUUACAGAAGAAGGAAGGCAGUUUUGAGGCAACAUUGUUUAAAGCAUCCGAGCCUAAUCAAGAAGUUACUCCAGUUAAAUCAAACACGUCACUUUUUGGAGCUUCUACAGAAUUACCAAUCAGUAAAUCAUCAUUCGGUUUGCAGGGUUCAUCUGGAGCCUUUACAAGCGGAUCACUCUUUUCCUCCAGUGUUUUUGGAGUGCAAUCUUCUUCUUCUUCAUCGGGAUCAUUUUCUAGCGGAGGCAUGUUUUCUUCAAAAAGCAUUGAUACGAAAUCUCUCCAAUCAUCAGAAAAACAACAUGGUACAAGCGGAACACUAUUUUCCUCCAGUGUUUUAGGAGCGCAAUCGUCUUCCUCUUCAUCAGGAUCGUUUUCUAGCGGAGGCAUGUUUUCUUCAAAAAGUUUUGAUAUGCAAUCUCUCCAAUCAUCAGAAAAACAACAUGGUACACGCGGAACACUAUUUUCCUCCAGUGGUUUAGGAGCGCAAUCGUCUUCCUCUUCAUCAGGAUCGUUUUCUAGCGGAGGCAUGUUUUCUUCAAAAAGUUUAGAUAUGAAAUCUCCCCAAUCAUUAGAAAAACAUGGUACAAGCGGAACACUAUUUUCCUCCAGUGGUUUAGGAGCGCAAUCGUCUUCCUCUUCAGCAGGAUCGUUUUCUAGCGGAGGCAUGUUUUCUUCAAAAAGUUUUGAUCUGAAAUCUCUCCAAUCAUCUCAUGCUGUUGUCCAGGAAAAACAACAUGGUACCAGUUUAGGGACCACACAGUUUCCUUUUUCGAAACCGACAUCUGGACCAUCGACUUCGAGCAAUCUGCUUUCUCAGGGAGCUUCAACUGGAGCGGCAUUUACCAGAUCAUUGCCUGUUGGUUCUACAUUUGGGUCAUCAACUUUGAGCAAUCUGCUUCCCCAGGGAGCUUCAACUGGAGCUGCUUUCACCAAAUCGUCGCCUGUUGUUUCAAAUGCACAACCGAGUCCAGCUAAAUCUUUUGACUUCAAACUAUCUGACAAGGGAAAUUAUAAAAACCAAACACCUUCAAGGCUGUUAAAUACCGAGUCAAAUCUAUCUGAACAACACAGCGUUGAAGAAAUGGCGAAAGAAUUAGAUGCUCUGUUGGAUUCUAUUGAAGAACCAGGUGGUUUCUAUGAUGCCUCUGUUACUGCCCAUAAGGCAUCUGUUGCAGAACUAGAAGAUGGCAUUUUGGUACUUUCAAAUAGAUGCCAAAAAUGGACAGACAAAAUGCACCAAGGGUUUGAAGAGGUUCAACUUCUUCUUGACAAGACGGUUCAAGUUUUGGCAAGGAAAAUAUAUAUAGAAGCAAUUGUGAAGCAGGCUACAGACAGUCAAUACUUGGAUAUUUGGAAUCAUCAGAAGCUGAGCUCCGAAUUGGAUAUGAAGCGUAGACAUAUACUAGAGAUAAACCAGAGUUUGACAAACCAACUAAUAGAACUCGAGAGACAUUUAAACACCCUUGAGCUUCAAAGAUUUGGUGAUAGAAGCGACACACUAAUGAACCGUAAAUCUUCUCAUAUGAAACAUAAUCCACCAAGGCACGUUCAGUCUCUUCAUAGUUUACGCAACACAAUGAAUGCACAGUUAACAGCUGCAGAGAAACUUUCUGAGUGUCUUUCGAAGCAAAUGGCUGUGCUUAAAAUAGAUACAGAACCUGAGAAAAAACCGAGUGUGAAAAAGGAGUUAUUUGACACAAUUGGAAUCUCGUAUGAUGACACCGUGUUCAGUUCUCCAGGUCAAGACAAAAGCAGGUCAGUCCCAUCAAAAAGUCAACAUCUGAUUUCUUCUUAUUCAACUGCUGUUAAAACGGAUCCGAAGAAAAGUCAACAAAGUGCCGUAAAGGGUUCUGAACCAGAAACUGCAAGAAGGCGCAUAGACUCGCUAGAUAAGAGUUGGGCUAGCGUUGAUCCUCCAAAAACAACCGUAAAAAGGAUGCUUUUGCAAGAGGACCGUCAGAUGAGUCCCGCCAGAUUAUCUUUACCAACUGCUACACCAAAACUUAAUAAUCGACUGUACGAACGCUCUGCAGUUUCUCAUGAUAUUCCACACGGUGCCUUAAACAUGUCUCAAAUUAGAGGUAGCCAGGAUGUACAAAUAAAACGAAAUCCCGAGGGACAAUCAAAUUCCUCACUCUGGGGUAGUUACCGUUCGGAUUCGUUAAGUUCUGGUUCACAGUCAACUUCUAUUGUUACUAGAGAUGCUGCGAAAGACAUACAUAAUUUGACUUCUGAAAAGUCAAACCGUUUGACUUUUGCCUUAAAGCCUGAUACCGUGGUAGUCAAAGACACAAAGUUAAGUGAACAAUCCAAGAGUUUUCCGGAACCGUCAAUAAAUACCGCAGGGUCACCAGCAUUUAAUAUAUUCCAGAAGAAACCUAUCGAAUAUUCAGAAUUCAGCAGUAAAAUUACUGAAACCACGUCUAUUUGGUCUAGGAAGAGUCCGGAAUCAUCUGCUGUCUCGAGUUCCAGCCCAUCAACCGCUUUUUCGGGAAAAAGUUUCUCCUUGGACGCUUCUACAAGAGAAAGUCAGUCUUCUGGUGCAUCAUUGUCUGUUCCUGUUACUUUAGCACCGUCAUCUUUUUCGUUUAAAGACACUUCCGCAUCUUCAACGUCUGCUAUGUCACUCGGUAAAUCAUCAAGCGGUUUCGGGUUUAAAUUGAGUACUACUCAGACCACUCCAGUGUCUGGACCUUCACUUUCUUUUCCGUCAUUUUCAUCUACCACUUCAUCAACGAAACCCACAUUGAACAUAGAUUUAAAUACUUUCAAAUCUGAGCCAUCCAAAUUGAAUCCAGAUACAAGUGAAAGCUCUAAACCUCAAGUGGUAUCAGUGGCCAAGUUUGACCCGAAACCAAGUGAGAGUUCUUCUGGUCAAACAUCAACUCCUUCAGGAUCUACAAGUCAACCUUCACCUUCUAUUCUCUCAUUUCCAUCUCUCACUUCAUCCACUAAACCCACAUUGAACUUAGAUUUUAACGCUUCCAAAUCUGAGCCAUCCAAAUUGAAUCCAGAUACGAGUGAAAGCUCUAAACCUCAAGUAGUAUCAGUGUCCAAGUUUGACCCGAAACCAAAUGAGAAUCUUUCUGGUCAAACUUUGCCUUCUCAGCCUGUGGUUUCAACUUCUUCGGGACCAACAAGUCAACCAUCAACCAGUUCUAUUUCAGAAAGUCAACUCAACUUAAAUUCUAAACCAGAGCAACCAUUGAUAGCACCACCUGCUGUAUCCUCACCAGUCAUCACAAAUCCAGCGGAUGUGGUUAGUGGACAGACCAAUGGGUCAGAUCUUACGGUCACCCAAGAGGAUGAGAUGGAGGAAGAAGCUCCCGACACCACUCAAUUUACAUUAGGGAGCCUUGGUGGGUUUGGGCUUGGCUCAAGCCCAAGCCCAAACCCUUCUGCACCUAAGCAGAAUCCAUUUGGUGGACCAUUUGGUAACGCACCAGCAAGUACACCAAUCACUUCUUUUACAACUCCACCAAGUGGUGGUUUGUUUAAACCUGCAUCGUUUAGUGUUGAAUCUCAACAACCUUCCCCGCCACCUCAGCAGACAAGUUUCGGUGCAAGUUCCGGCAUCUUUGGUGGUAACAAUAAUCAAAGUAGCGGUGGACAAGGGUUUGGACAGCCGGCUCGGAUUGGUUCAGGUCAACAGGCUUUAGGGUCAGUUCUUGGCUCAUUUGGGCAGUCAAGGCAGUUUGGUGCAGGUCCAUUUGGUGGCGGUUUUGGUGGCAGCCAAACUGGUGGUGGUUUUGCCACUGCUUCUUCAGGUGGUGGUGGGUUUGCUAGCCUCGCAUCAGGAGGUGGUGGUGGGUUUGCUGCUGCAGCCACUGGCAGUGGUGGUUUUGCCGCUGCAGCUACAGGUGGUGGUGGUUUCGCUGUUGCAGCCACAGGUGGUGGCGGUUUUGGUGCUGUAGCCACAAGUACUGGUGGAUUUAGUGCUGCUCCUGCAGCUGGUGGUGGAUUUGGUGCCACUCCGUCACUUGGUGGUGGAUUUGGUGCUGCUCCUUCUCUUGGUGGAUUUGGUGCUGCCCCGUCUCUUGGUGGUGGAUUUGCGGCUGCUCCAGCCGGUGGUGGAUUUGCGGCUGCUCCAGCCGGUGGUGGAUUUGGUGCUGCUCCAGCGGCUGGUGGCGGAUUUGCUGGAGUGGCUUCUGGUGGGUUUGGAGGUUUUAGCAGCCAAGGAGGAAGCGGGUUCUCGACAUUUGGCAGCAGUGGUGGAGGAACAGCAAAACCUCCAUCUGAGCUGUUCACGCAGAUGAGAAAAUAGUUUCUCACCGGAAGAAAAGUUGAUUAUGAAUUUUGACAGGAAUAUGAAUUUUAUCAAAUAUGAGUCAUGCUGGCUGGGGUGCAUUUCUCAUGACAUAUGAUGGAAAUUGGAAAGAUAGUGUUGUAUGAAUCUAUUGUGGCUCAUGAAAUUCUGAACCAAAAUCGAUGUUUGUUCUUCUGAGUGUACAGACCGUUAUGACCUAUCCUUCGAUAAAUGAUUCGAUGUAGCUAAUUUGUGUUCGCUAAAUGGGUUAAUUUUGAUCUCACAAAUUAU